CCCGGCUUGCCCGAGGCCCGGCAGGCAGGAGGCGGCGUUUCAGUCGCCGCCGCCGGCCCCGGCAUCAUGAACAUAGACGUGGAGUUCCACAUCCGGCACAACUACCCCUGGAGCAAGUUGCCAGCCAACGUGAGACAGAGUCUUGGAAAUUCCCAGAGAGAAUAUGAAAAGCAGGUGGUCCUGUACAGUAUUCGUAAUCAGUUACGGUAUAGAAAUAACUUAGUGAAACAUGUCAAGAAAGAUGAACGCAGAUACUAUGAGGAGCUGCUGAAGUACAGUCGAGAUCAUCUCAUGCUGUACCCUUACCAUUUAUCGGAUAUCAUGGUGAAGGGACUGAGGAUAACACCAUUUUCCUAUUAUACUGGGAUUAUGGAGGACAUCAUGAACAGUGAGAAAAGUUAUGAUUCAUUGCCCAAUUUCACGGCUGCUGACUGUCUCAGGCUUCUCGGCAUAGGAAGAAACCAGUACAUUGAUCUUAUGAAUCAGUGUAGAUCAUCGAAAAAGUUUUUCAGGAGGAAAACAGCCCGUGAUCUUCUACCAGUAAAGCCGGUGGAGAUUGCCAUAGAGGCAUGGUGGGUGGUGCAGGCUGGAUAUAUCACAGAGGAUGACAUCAAGAUAUGCACUUUGACAGAGAAAUGCACUAUUGAUAAGAUCAUCGAUUCAGGACCUCAGCUUUCCGGAUCACUAGAUUACAAUGUAGUACAUAGUUUAUAUAACAAAGGAUUUAUUUAUCUGGAUGUACCAAUAUCCGAUGACAGUUGUAUAGCAGUUCCUCCUCUUGAAGGUUUUGUAAUGAAUCGAGUACAAGGUGAUUAUUUUGAAACUCUGCUCUAUAAGAUAUUUGUUUCUAUAGAUGAGCACACUAAUGUUGCAGAGCUUGCAAAUGUUCUCGAGAUAGAUUUAUCUCUGGUGAAGAAUGCUGUUUCAAUGUAUUGCCGAUUGGGCUUUGCCCAUAAGAAGGGACAAGUAAUAAAUUUGGAUCAACUUCAUUCAUCCUGGAAGAAUGUUCCAUCUGUAAACAGAUUAAAGAGUACUUUAGAUCCACAGAAGAUGCUCCUAUCGUGGGAUGGUGGGGAAAGCAGGAGUCCCGUACAGGAAGCUUCAUCAGCUACUGACACCGACACAAAUAGUCAGGAAGACCCAGCUGACACAGCCAGUAUAAGCAGUUUGAGUCUGUCUACAGGAUAUACGAAGCGUAUUGCAUUCUUAUUUGACUCUACUCUUACUGCUUUUUUAAUGAUGGGAAAUCUUUCACCAAACCUGAAAAGUCACGCAGUCACAAUGUUUGAAGUAGGCAAACUCUCAGAUGAGUCUCUGGACAGCUUUCUUGUAGAGCUCGAAAAGGUUCAGAGCACUGGUGAAGGAGAAGCACAAAGAUAUUUUGAUCAUGCACUUACUCUGAGAAAUACAAUCCUGUUUCUGCGUCAUAAUAAAGAUCUAGUUGCACAAACUGCACAACCAGACCAACCUAAUUAUGGUUUUCCUCUGGAUCUCUUACGCUGCGAAAGCCUUCUUGGUUUGGACCCCGCGACUUGCAGCCGAGUUCUGAACAAAAAUUACACAUUGCUUGUUUCCAUGGCUCCACUCACCAAUGAAAUCCGGCCCGUCAGCAGCUGCACCCCUCAGCAUAUUGGACCAGCUAUCCCAGAAGUCAGUUCUGUCUGGUUUAAACUGUAUAUUUACCAUAUAACUGGGCAAGGACCACCAUCUCUUUUACUGUCCAAAGGUACAAGACUCCGAAAACUGCCAGAUAUAUUCCAGGGUUUUGAUCGAUUACUAAUAACAUCUUGGGGUCAUGAUCCUGGGGUAGUUCCUACGUCAAAUGUGCUCACGAUGUUGAAUGACGCUUUAACACAUUCUGCAGUUUUAAUUCAGGGCCACGGUUUGCAUGGGAUAGGAGAGACUGUCCAUAUACCAUUUCCAUUUGAUGAGACAGAACUACAAGGAGAUUUCUCGCGUGCCAACAUGGGCAUUCAUAAAGCGUUGCAGAUAUUGAGGAGCAAAGUCGACUUGCAGCACUUCUGUGGAUAUGUCACCAUGUUGAACGCGUCCAGCCAGCUUGCACAUCGAAAACUCAGUGAUGCUUCUGAUGAGAGAGGAGACCCUGAUUUAGCUUCCAGCUCAGAUGUAAAUGGGAGUACAGAGUCAUUCGAAAUGGUCAUUGAAGAAGCAAGCAUUGAUUUGGCGACAAAGCAAAAUGCUGGUGCCACCACAGAAGCAGAUUGGGUUCCUCUUGAGCUGUGCUUUGGAAUCCCACUGUUCAGUUCUGAAUUAAAUCGGAAGGUUUGUAGGAAAAUUGCUACACAUGGCCUUUGCAGAAAAGAGAGCCUUCAAAAUCUCUUACAUUCCAGUAGAAAACUCUCUCUGCAAGUUCUUAACUUUGUUCACUCAUUCCAGGAAGGUGCUUCAACACUGGAUAUUCACACGGAGCCCAGUUUUUCCAGUCUCCUUUCACAGUCAUCCUGUGCCGACGUUGGAGUGCCACUUCCUGCCAAAAACUUGAUAUUCAAAGAUGGCGUCUUAUCAGAGUGGAGUGGACGGUCACCCUCCUCACUUCUUACUGCUAAUCUCCAUUUGCAAUAAUUUGGUCACACCAUUUGUUGCUCACACUUUCUGCCUUUUUCUUUCUUAACGUUAGCUUUAUAGUGUUAGCCACUAAAAAUCAGCCUGCUGCUGCAGGGGAUUCCUGCUUGACCGAUAUUAAAAGUUUGGGGAACAUGUUCAUGUUUUCUGAAGUUUUGCUCUUUAUUGCACAUCUCAUUGCAACAAAGUGCUUUUUAGCAGCCAGCACUGCAUUUUUUACCUUGAGACAAUCUGCAUUUCUUUUAUAAAACUAAGAAUAUACUUUAUAGGCUUUAUAGUGACUGUUAGGUUUGUAAGCAGUCACUAUGAAUAUUGCAGUGGUAAUUUUAUAUGUUAGUUUAUCGAACAUAAAUCUUGUUUAAUUUUAUAUUUUGUUACCUACACUUUAGGGAUCAAAGGGAGAGAAGGAACUCUUCCUCUGAAAAGGCUUCUUGGUACUUCACGUAGUGAAUCUAUGAAACAGUACACAUCCAGUGUUGAGGAAUGAUAUGGGGCAUUAAAUUCCUGUGGAUGUCUGUAAAUUAUGUUUAUCAGUUAAACAUUGGUGAGGGAAUGGAUAAGUCAGCAUAGUUAUGUAGAACUUCACCUUGAUUUAUAAGGUCUUAAGUCAGACUGUGACUGUUCAUUGACAUCUCAUGAGGAGCUUUGGAAAAACAUUCUAUUUUUAAACAACGUUUAUAUGUAAACUUCUGUUGUCACUCACUUUGGGGCUUUAUAUUUUCAUAGAGUCUUUACAGAAAAAUAGAAUUUAUUUUCCACUCUCGUAGCUGCGUUGCUGCACGUUUUUACCGUGAUUUAUUUUGUGUUUCAUAGCGCUACCAAUGAAUUGUUAUGGGAGUUGAAUUUGUUGUUUUCAAACCAAGGAUUGUGAUUUUAGGUUAGGAUUAAAUUUUAGGAGCAUUAAGGUUGUGUCUUCAAGUCAGAACACUUUAGUGAUAAACCUGUUUUGAAGACAUAUUCUUAAGCAGUCUGGAUCUUAAAUUUAUGUGAAUAGUUUAGAGCAAAUGAGAAAGAAAAAUUGAAUAAUUACCAAGUGUUUCUUGAGUCAUUGAUUCUUUUAGUAUCUCAAAUGUUAACUAGAAUAAUUGGAAUCACUUUUCUGACUUUUCAGGCUACCUUCCUUGGGAAAUUUGUGCAGUGUUAUAGGUUAGUUUAGCUGCUCUUAUAGGGUAAUGGUUUGCUAGUUUAAAACUGUAACCAAACUAACUGGUCAGACAAUAUAUAUCUAAAACACUUAAAGCACUAGAAAAUUUGGGAAUGUUAUAACCUAAACAUUUUUGCUGGUAAUUUCUGUUAUUUAUAGAACUGAUAUUUGUGUAUUUAAUGUACUUCUGGAAAUAUAUGCCUUUCUAAAACUGUUAACAUGCAUUCUAUACCAUGGCCCAUAGAAUGAAAUAUUGUGGACCAGGUUACCUGUGGCACAGUGAGUGCUGCGUCUGGGCUAAGUUGUAGUGAGUAACGUUUAAUUUUCUACUUUGUCUUAGAUAAGGUAGAAACCAUGUGUAUGUCAUGUCUGUCUAUAACAAGAAAAAUAUAUACUAAUACUAAAGUAAUUUCUAUGACUGUGAAUCACUCAUUUAUUUUUCCAAUAAUUGAUACUGUACAUUCCUAGUGCUAGUAGGUAUAUAUGUAUGUGACUUUUAUAGGUUUUUAACUGAAAGUUGUAAGUAUUUCAUUUGAUCAGGGCUCUUUAAUCUCACUUUGCUUUGUUUGAAUUAACUGUAGUUAUUUUAUUUAUUCCUGUAUUGAUAAUAAUAACAGGAGCCAACCAUAAUGACAUGUAUACUAAUACAGAACUAAGCCUUUGGAGUUGUUGGCAGUGAACCCAGUUGGUGGUGGGUUGAAGGCUCUAACUAUGGCAGUGGUUUGCUGCUUUACUUCUUUUGAGAGAGAAUGGAAGAACAUACAGAACCAGAUAAUGGCCAAUUUUAGGGAAAGUACUGAGAAAACAAGAGGUCCACUCUGGUUUCUUGAGAGAGAAAAGAGCAAUCGUCUGAUUCCCAGCUGAAGCUCUCUUACACUCUUCUGGAGGGAGAGUCUGCCUUUUUAGAACUGUUAGCAAAAUGUGAAACACUGAUGUUUGUGCUUUGCUUGCUGAUUUGGCCUUGUUUCUUUUUUACACUAACUCAUGAAAAGCUGCAUCUCUUAACUCUUACCAGUUGAUCCAGUUCAUCAAAAAGAUAAAUUUAAAAUGUAGCUUUUGUUGUUUGCCAAAGAAAGUUCAUGGAAAUUUUUAUCCUUUUUCUUUUGUUUUCUUUUUUUUUUGCAAAUGUUGACAGUAAUUUUAUUUGGUUUCAUGCCACUUCCCCUCCUUUUUUCCCCACAUCUCCUAAAUGUAGCUUAAACCAUAGUGAACAUUCUAUAGAAACCAAGAGAACCAAGAGAAAUAAUAAAUUUCAAAAAGGUCAGAAUUUAGUAUGGUACAAUUUUACCUCUCAAAUGAGUCUAAAGAAAAUAAAACUGUAUCAUUAAAAAAUAUGAUCAUCUGAUUUUCUUCCUUUUUUAAAAAUAUAUAAUCAGAUGUUUUUGUAUUUUGGGGGGAUAUUGGUUUCUUUUACUUGAUGUUUUCAGUUUUCUCUGCCAUUCAUGUUUCUUUUUUAUGUUCAGUGUUUCAAAUACAAUUUGUAUUUAAAGAUUUUAAAGUACCAAAACCGUCACUGAGUACAGUGGAUUGUUUUCUGUUAUGAUGUUAAUAUCAUACAAUGAAAUGUAUAAAGUGUUGUCAAUUUGAUUAUUGACACAUGUAACAUGUUUACAAAUAAACUAUGGUGUUGAUCAAGUUA